AUGGCUUCCUCAGGCUCAACCCUCGUCGCUCUGAUGCUCGUUGCACUGCUUGUGGGCCACACCAUGGCGCAGUCUCCGGCUAAAUCGCCGGCAUUGUCUCCGACCAGAUCGCCACCGGCUUCAGCUCCUUCUCCGUCGUCCGCCGCUCCAUCGACGCCUAAGGUGAAAUCUCCCCCUAGCCCUACUCCGUCGACCGCUCAGUCUCCGGCGAGUUCUCCUUCCUUGAUCUCUGCUCCUCCAUCUGAAGCGCCUGCGCCGUCGGAGAACGGCGCCGUUUUGAACAGAAUUUCUGCCUCCUCGUCCGUGGUGAUUGGCCUCUGCGCCGUCGUUUUGGACCCAAGCUCUUGCAAGCCUCCUGAAGCCGAGCACCAGGAGCACAACCAAGGUCCAGAACUGAUGCAGCUUCUUAAGUCCCAGGGCUUGGAGCGGGUGAAGAUCUUCGACUCCGACCAGGCCGUGCUCCGAGCUCUCGCCGGAUCCAACAUCAAGGUCACCGCCGACGUCCCUAACGAGCUCCUCUCCUCCGUCGCCGCUUACCACAACUACAGCUGA